AUGAUAGGAAAUGAAUCACCUCUUUUUACUGGAAAAGCUGGAGAAGAUCCAUCAGAUUGGAUUUUAGAAUUUAAGAGAUUUGUAAUUGCAUCUCGAAUAAAUAUUAUAGCUGGUGCAGGAGAAGUUGCUGGUAGAGCAGAAGCAUAUAAUUUAGGUAUAUCAUAUAUAGUUGGUGAAGCAAAAACCUGGUAUGAAAACGAGAUCAAAAGUAGAAACUGGCAAUGUGAUAAUAUUCUUGAUGGUACUGGUAUGAACAAUUUAAAUGCAAUUCAAGCAUUAAAUAAUGACGCUUUAACAG